AUGGAUUUUACAAAGUUUGGACGUUGUUCGGGAAUAGCAAUAUUUGCGUAUCUAUGUAUCGUGUUGGCAAGUGGACAAACGCAAAGUUCUUCGUGGAGUGGUUACUACAUAGACAAUGGCACCCACUAUCUGCUAUACCAAGGGCCCAGGCUCAAGGACCAGACCUUUUUCCCGGGCAAUAUAUCUACUAACCCUGCGAUAAAUGCCCUGGAAGCACUGGACUAUCUGCCAACGCGUAUAGUGAAUGGCAAAAGGAUCAAGUGCUCCAGGGCGCCGUAUCAGUGCUCUCUCCAUUUCGAUAAUAACUUCAUCUGUGGCUGCGUAAUACUCUCCCGUCGAUGGAUUCUCACGGCCCAGCAUUGUAAGGUUGGCAGGGCCGGAAGAUAUACUGUUCGAGCGGGAUCGUCGCAGCAGAGGAGAGGAGGUCAACUGCGUCACGUCCAGAAGACAGUGAUCCAUCGGGGCUACAGCGAAAAGACCAUGAGGAACGACCUGUGCAUGAUGAAGCUGAAGAGCCCACUGAAACUCGGCCGGUGUGUGCAGAGAGCGAAGCUUCCUUCCCGCAAAACCAGGCGGUUUCCCAAAUGUUGCCUGGCCAGCGGAUGGGGUCUGACCUCCUCAAACGCCCAGAAUGUCCAGCGGUACUUGCGGGGAGUCGUAGUCUGCAUAGUGAAUCGAAGGAAGUGCCAGCAGGACUAUAGCCAGGCGGGGAUCAGGAUAUACAGGAAAAUGAUCUGCGCCAAGCGAAAGAACCGAGACACCUGCUCGGGAGAUUCUGGAGGUCCGCUGGUCCACGGUGGCAUUCUCUAUGGAGUCACUUCCUUUGGAGUCGGUUGCGGCAAUGUAAAUUACCCGGGAGUUUAUGUGAAUGUCUUGCAAUUUGUUAAAUGGAUAAAGGAGGUGGUGCGAAAUAAUUGA